CCCGCCAUUGCAGACCUCUCUCUCUCUCUCUCUCCCCCCAGAGUAGCAUUCAUGGAAUCUCCGGCCCGAACCUUCUCAGUGCUCAUCGCAAUCCUGCUACUCAGCCCAAUAGCAGCCCUAGAAUACCCUCAAGAAUCCGUGAACAAAUUAUAUCCCCACCUCAUGAGCAACGCUAACGGCAUUUCUCCGGCCCCUAAUCCCCAACCUCGGGCUCCCGCGCUGUUUGUUAUUGGGGAUUCUUCAGUUGACUGCGGCACCAACAACUUCCUUGGGACUUUUGCCCGGGCCGACCGGCCGCCGUACGGCAGGGAUUUCGACACGGGUCAGCCCACGGGCCGAUUUUGCAAUGGGAGAAUCCCCGUCGAUUUUAUCGCACUGGAACUUGGGCUGCCAUUUGUACCGAGCUAUCUUGGGCAGUCGGGCUCAGUCAAUGAUAUGAUUCGAGGGGUGAACUAUGCUUCUGCUGGUGCAGGCAUAAUCUUUUCAAGUGGAUCUGAAUUGGGACAACAUAUCUCUCUUUCUCAGCAAAUGCAGCAGGUUAUGGACACAUUUCAACUGUUUAUUCUCAGCAUGGGAGAGGAUGCUGCUUAUGGUCUUAUUUCAAAUUCCAUAUUCUAUAUUUCAAUCGGGAGCAAUGACUUCAUACACUACUAUCUACGAAAUGCAUCUAAUGUGCAGUCCUUGUAUCUGCCUUGGAGAUUCAAUCAAUUCUUAGCUCAGACAAUGAAGCUUGAGAUUCAGAACCUGUACAAUGCGAAUGUUCGAAAUGUGGUUGUAAUGGGAUUGGCUCCUUUGGGGUGCGCCCCUUACUACUUGUGGUUGUAUCAGAGCAAAACUGGGCAGUGCAUAGAGACGAUAAACGACAUGAUACUUGAGUUCAAUUUCGCCAUGAGGUUCAUGGUUGAGGAGCUUAAUCGAAAACUCCUUGAUGCCAACAUAAUAUUUUGCGACGCUUUAGAAGGCUCCAUGGACAUAAUAAAGAAUCACAACCGUUAUGGUGAAAAAUCUUGCUCAUCGAUUCUUCGUUCUAUUAACACGUCCUUGAGUUGUGCUUUUAUUAUUCGACUCGCUCCCGGAUUUAACGUCACAACGGAUGCUUGCUGUGGCUUAGGCAUGUACAGGGGUUGGAUUAUGUGCAUUUCUCCAGAUAUGGCUUGCAAUAAUGCUUCGAGUCAUAUAUGGUGGGACCAGUUUCAUCCAACUCACGCUGUUAACGAAAUUCUUGCUGAUAAUGUAUGGUCCAGCAGGCACACGAGCAUGUGCUACCCCAUGAAUUUGCAGGAAUUGAUAGCUCAGAACGCAAAAAAUAAUUCCAGAGAAAAACGGAUAGAACUUGACAACUUGUCAUAUCAUGUGUAUACAGUUUUCAUGUCGUGCAGUUUGUUAGAACUCAAUGAGGUGUAA